CCCGCGUCCUAGCGUUUUUUUUAAUACUGUGGUUGGCAGUGGGAAGCUGACCAAACACCGCUCUAAAACUCACGGAGAUAACAACCCCAGAUAGACAAGACAUGCCGCACUAGAAAGCAUGCUAAGGUUUAUUUAAAGGAACGUGAGUGGGAAGAGAAAAAUUGAGGUACUAAAGGGCGUGAGUCCCCGGAUUGUUGAGACUGAUUGGAACUACUUACUAGAUCUUUUGUUUACUUACUUAUUCAGAGGACGAAAGAAGUGUGAUACGCUUGGUGUUUAUCAUCGUGAAAAAAGAUAAAUACGUAUACGCCAUUGGUAUAAAUACUGGAAAGAUCGACCUACUGUCUUACAACUUUAGAUCGAGAGACACAAACCUGUUGCUCAACAUUCCACAACACAACACCACCUUACACCAACACCAGCACUUACACCAAGUAAACAACAACACAACACAACUGUUUCACAAUGGCCCGUGAUAACCUCUCCAUCGUGCUCGCUGAGCGUCCCACUACCGACAUCAUCCCCGGUCAAACCUUUACCCAAAAGACAUCUCCAGCUCCCACACCAGCUGAUCUCCAAGAUGGUCAAAUCCUCGUUGAGACUCUCUACCUAUCUCUUGACCCCGCUAUGAGGGGCUGGCUCCGAGGUACGCCCCCCCUUCCUUCGUAACACAUAUCUUUACUAACACCCUCAGACAUGAGAUCGUAUCUCCCUCCCGUUCAAAUCGGCCAAACCAUGCGUGGUUCAUGUGCAUGCCGCGUCCUCGCCUCAAAGAGCAAGCAGGCCAAGGAAGGCGACAUCGUCUCCGCCCUAACAGGCUGGACCGAAUUCGCCAUUCUCCCCGAAGGUCGUUUCGAGCCUGCGUCUCUGUACCCCGGCCUCCAAGACCCCAAGGACAUGCUCUCUGCUCUUGGAAUGACCAGCUUGACUGCUUGGGUUGGCAUGUCCAAGAUCGCUGACCCUAAGCCCGGUGAGCUUGUCGUUGUGUCGGGCGCUGCUGGUGCGACGGGAAGUGUAGCAGGCCAGAUCGCUAAGCUCAAGGGUGCGAGGGUCGUGGGUAUCGCGGGUGGUGAUGAUAAGUGCAAGUGGCUCACUGAGGAGUUGGGCUUCGAUGUUGCGUUGAACUACAAGGCGGACGAUUUUAAGGAAAAGUUCGCUGAGGCGACAAAGGACUUUAUCGAUGUCUACUACGAUAAUGUCGGUGGCGAUAUCCUCGACAUGUGUCUCAUGCGAGCAAAGGAACACGCCCGCUUCAUCGAGUGCGGUCUCGUCAGCCAAUACAACGCCGCCAAGCCCCAGGGACCCCGAGCAUUCUCCCAGAUCGUCACCAUGCGCAUCAGAAUGCAGGGCUUCAUCGUCCUCGACCACGUCAAGGACUUCCCCGCUGCUCGCGCUGAGCUGGCUCAGUGGAUCGCGGAGGGUAAGCUCAAGAAGACGGAGACCGUUGUUCGUGGUGGUCUCAAGGUUGCUGAGCAGGCUCUUGUGGAUCUGUACAAGGGUAUCAACACUGGAAAGUUGAUCGUUGAGAUCAAGAACCACAACGAGACCCCUUCGAAGCUGUAGAGGGUAAGCUCAAAAAGACAAAGAUUUUCGUCUGUGGUAUGAACACUGGGAAGUUUAUUAUUGAGAUCAGGAACAAUAAGACCCCUCGAAAGUAGGGGAGGGAAUGGGAUUGUUUAUGAGAUACUCCGUACCUUGUCGGUAGUUAAUGAUAUGCCAUGAUUUUAUGGAAAGGCUGUUCAAUGCUCGCUGGUACAUGACGCUGGUAGGAUUCUCUUGUUCUGAACUGCUUAUGUGACCAACUUCUAUCGUGUAUUGUGGUCCGUCCAAACCCCCUGCAACUUUUCUCUAUCCCUGUCUAUCAAUGCCAUAUUCUAGUUUUUAGUAAACAUAGCGGAAGUAAGGGUUCUCCUUAUCAGUCAAGUCCUGAAACGCCAGCUUGGCUCUCUCGCUCUCAUCUCCCAGCCCCAGAGCAUCCCUCCUCUUGUUCUCAUUCCUCAGAACAAAGUACAGUGUAGUCGACGCACAAAUACAAAUGAUGUAACUAAAACAGUCAGCCACGAACCCAAGAACCAUGUAAACAAGACUCACCAGAUAAUCAACCCCAGCCAAAGAGCUGGAUAGUGAUCCUUCUUCGUCUGACUCCAAACUAGCUGCGGCCCAACAAUAUUUCCCACACAAUACGCCACAAAUAUCGUAGCAGCCAUAAAGCUCUUCUUCGUGUGACCCGCAACAUUCGACAUUCCAAUAGUGAUUAUCAGACUCACCGUUCCCCCAAAGAAUCCUGUGAUCGAGUAUCCCACCACCGGUGCAGCAGCGCGGUAACUCCACUCGCUCUUCCAUAUGAUCGCACAGCCUGCGAUGACGGGGAGACACGUGAAGAUGAGCAUGAAGAUACGGAUGUUGGUGAACUUGGAGCCCAGCCAGCCUGUGAGGAGGAUCACGAUGAAGCACAGUCCGCCGAGGGGGAAUUGGAACAGGAUGGAGUGGAGGGUGCUCCAGCCGAAGGUCGAGACGAUGAGGGGUCCGAAACCGCUUACUGCGCCGUUGACGGUGUAUGCUGAUGCCAUCAUAAGUGCGACGAGCCAGAUCUUGACGUCGAGGAUAGCUUCUUUUAGUUGGGAGCUUUUAAACUUGGUGCAACGAACACCGGUUUGUCCGUGUCUCAAACGCUCAACAGCAGCGAAUCGUUCUUCAGAAGUGAGGAACCAAGCUGAUACAGGCGAAUUCGGCAUGAUGAAGCAGAAUAGUCCAAACAAAAAGGUGAGUGAUCCAGCGAGGAGGUAGAUGUACUGCCAUCUCUUCAACCCACCACCCGUAAUCUGCGCAAAACCAUAGUUCAUCGCUCCACCAAUAAUGGUGAACAGUCCAGUCGACGAGAACCACCAACUCUGCCGCAACGACUGCUCAGCUUGCGUAUAGUACCCCGAGACGAUGCACAUGAACCCAGUGGGGAUUAUACUCUCAACGAAACCGAGAAAGAAUCGCUGUACGUAUAAGCCCUGGUAGGACGUCACCGCAGCAGUGAGCAUACAAAUAGCAGCCCACACAACAACCACACCACCAAGAACACGACCGAUGUUGAACCUCUGAAGAGCAAAUGUCAUGGGAUACAAACCCGCCAGCAUCCCAAAGUAGAACAGUGACGUCGCCCAGCUUAAACGACGGGUAUCAACUGUUGGCGGUGUAGUCGAUGCAUCAACAAUGGUAAGGUGCAAAUCCGUCGUCAUGCCGAAGAGAACAGCUGAACCAAGAAUGGCUUUAUCGUAGUAUACAAGU